AUGGAUUAAGUCAAUGCAAUGCAAUAGUACAUAACAAAAUUAAAAACAGCACUUACAGAUUUACAAUAAAAAAAUAAAGAUUUAGAAAUCAAACUUGAUUAGGAAUAAAAACUAGUUUAAACUUUGGAAGAAAAAUUAGAAUAUACUGAGAAAAAGUUAUCAAAUGAAAAAGAACAUAUUGAAAUAUUAGAAAUUAAAGUUGAUGAAUAUGAAAAAAAAUUAAAAAGCAUAUCUGAUACUAAGGUAUUAAUGAUUUACAAUUUAAGAAACCAAGUUUUUUAGGCAAAGUUUUUAAUAAUUCCUAAUUAGAUUAAAUGACAAUUAAAAUAAAUUAAGCUGAAUAAUCAUUAGAUCUAUAAAUUUAAGAGAAUGAAAAAUUACAUGCUUAAGUUUUCACUCUUAAAACUCAAUUAGAUUUAUUAGAAAAUAAAUUAGAAGAAGAAUAAAAAUUAGCAGAAAAAAAAUUCUCAAAAUUAAAAUGUUAUUAUUAAUAAGAAAAAACUAAAAAAGAAAAUUUAGAGAAAUAGAUUUAAUAAUUGAAUCUAGUUCAAACAGGAUUGUAAUAUGAAAUUAAUUAACUAAACCAAUAAAUUGAAGAAUUAAAAAAAUCUUUAGAUAACAAACAAUAAGAGUUUUUGUUUACUCAAUAAUUACUUCAAAAAAAUGAAGAUGAUAUGAAAAAGUUGACAUAAGAUCUCAUUAAUCAAUAAUAUGAUAUGUAUUUAUAUAUGAAAUAAAUAUAGUUAACAAUUAGAAUAAUAAAAAGAAGAGUUUUAGAGUUUUAUUAGAGAAAUUUAAAACUUUGUUACUGGAUUGUCUCUUGAUCAAUAAUAUUAAGAGCUAAUUAAUAGAUUAAGCGAAAUAAUAUAAAAGAUUCAUAAACAAAAAUAUGAGAAGGAACUAUUCUUAUAAGCAAAACCAGGCAAUUAUGAGAUUUUUAGGUUAGCUUAAGAAAAAAUACUGAAACUUGGAAAAAAAGUAUAAAUAAUUAUAAAUAUGAAUAGAAUGAACAAUUACUUAAACAGAAUAAAUUAUUACAAGAUAAAUUAUAAUUGUAAAAGAGUAAGUAAGAAUGAAAUUAAUAUAUCUAUUAAUAAAAGAG